AUUGUUUUACUCACGGUAAGAUUUUUGAACGUAGCCAUUGGUGGUUAUCUCUCGGAGCUUUAACCAAAGGAUAACUUUAGUCUAUCAAUCUCCGAUACAGAAAUUUCUAAUUAAAGAAAUGCCAGUCAUACAGGAUUUUUUCAAACGUUAUUUGCCGAUAGUGAAGGCCGAUGAAGGAGAGGAAGAAGAAUUGGUAGAUCCGCAAAAAGUACUUCGUGAGCAAUGCUCUCAAGAAGUAAAAUGCAGCAAUUUGCAAGAAAAAUUGAACACAUGCAAUGAUCGUGUUAAUUCAAGAUCCAACACAGAAGAAACUUGUUUAGAAGAACUUCUUGAUUACGUGCAAUGUGUGGAUCAUUGCGUCGCAAAAACUCUGUUCAGUAAACUUAAGUAAUUAUAUGAUAUUCCUAUAAAAAUCCGAUUGUUGUUUGCAAUGUUAAAGCUUAAUUUCUCAAGCAUUGUAUAUAUAUAAUGAAAUACUAGCAAUAAAAAAUUAAAUUAUUAGAGAUAAAAAUUA